GCGUUGCGAUUGUUGACGGUUUGCCGGGAAAUCGAGCGGGUCAGGUUUAACAGACGCGGGUCCUCCGCGGUCCUCCCCUUGAACAAACAAAGCUUUGAAAGCGAACUGUGGUUCAGUCUGCUGCUGACUGUGUCGUAGCCAUAACUCAAGUUAAUUUUCUCAAAGAACACUUAGCUAGCUAGGGUCGCUUGUGGCUUGUGUGAUACUGAGUGAUUUGAGAUGGCAACAGGUGGAGCUCCGUUUGAUGACACUGCAGAUGAGCAGGAAUUGCAAAACUGGACCAUCACUAACAGCAGCCUGGAUGACAGGCUAAAUAAUAUGGACUGGGGCAUGCAGCAGAAAAAACCCAACCGCUCGUCAGAGAAGAACCGGAAAAAGCUGUCAGCCAUGUCAGAGAGCCGGCUGACCAAUGACAUUUCUCCAGAGUCGACUCCGGGGGCGGGUAGAAGGCGGGGCCGCACGCCCCACUCGUUCCCACACCUCAAGUACACUACGCAGAUGUCCGUGCCUGACCAGGCUGAGCUUGACCGUCUGCGCCAGCGAAUCAACUUCGCCGACCUGGAUGAGAGAAGCAUAGGCAGCGAUUCCCACGGCCGCGUCACUGCGGCCAACAACCAGCGACAGCUGUCGUCUGACGCCAAGAAACCCUUCAAUCUCCUUCCCCUGCAUGUGAACACUAACAAGAGCAAAGAGCCCUUUGGCCCUGCCUCCGCCGCUUCCACCCCUGGUACCAGGGAGACCAAGAAGCAGAGUCCAGCCAAGGAUCUCUUCGUCCCGGUGCCAGCCGGUUCUGCCAAGGAGCUGUACGGGCUGGACCGGGCCUUUGGGCCCCCUGCGGACCAAGGGGGAGCAGAGGCCACCAUCGAUAGCAGUCAGGUGGUGAGCAAACUGGUGCAGAUUCGAGAAUACAUCAGCAAGGCCAGCUCCAUGAGGGACGACCUGCUGGAGAAGAAUGACGUACCUGCCAACGUUGAGCGUCUCUCCCACCUCAUCGCCCACCUGAAGGAGCAGGAGAAAUCUUACCUGCGCUUCCUGCAGAAGAUGCUGGCUAGACAGGAAGAGGAGGAGGAGGAGGAUGAAGGUGCCACGGUGGACUCGGCAGUGUGCUCUGGCUCCAUGGCCGAUAGCACGUCUCUGAACUUAGAGCUGCGUUCAGAAGCCUCCAAUGCCACCGGCUGUGAGGUGCCAGUGGGGCAGAAGGAGGAGUUGGAGAACCUGCGGAAGCAGCACGACCUCCUGCAAAAGAUGUUGCAGCAGCAAGAACAGCUGAGAGCACUGCAGGGCCGACAGGCUGCACUACUGGCCAUGGCUGCUGUAGAUGACACAGUUGUGACAGAGACUACAGGAAGUGUAUCAGGCAUCAGUAUUACUUCUGAACUCAAUGACGAACUCAAUGACCUAAUCCGACGCUUCCACAAUCAACUACAUGACUCUCAGUCACAGCCGGUUCCUGAUAACAGACGUCAGGCAGAGAGCCUCUCUCUCUCCAGAGAGGUGAGCCGCUCUCGCACUACCCACAAUCCCCGGGGGCUCUCUGCUGCUGCUGCUGCGUCCCCUGCUGGUGUCAAGCUCACCAAGCUCCAGGAGCUCCAGGACAAGAAGCAGACCAUGGACAAGAUCCUGCAGGAGCUGCAGUCACUGCGGGAUCAGACCCUCAACAACAGCUCCUGUCGUGGUGCUUCUCGGCGCGGUGCGUGCGCCAUGGUCCGUGAGGCGAGCGGUGCAUGCGCUGCCAGGCCCGAUCCCCCUUCCUCCUGCGACGACGCCGGUCACCCCGCAGACAAACUCAGGAAGCUGAAGGAGGUGCACAAGCGUCUGAACGAGCUGAGGGAACUGGUCCAGUACUACGAGCAGACCUCGGACAUGAUGGUGGAUGCCGUCAACGUGAACGAGCACGAGGACGAGGAGACGGAAGACGGCUCGCUCUUCGAGGCCAUGUUUGACUCUGAGCAGGAGAACCGGGAACCUGUCAGGAACAUCAGGAACCCGGCUCAGCCCCAGGCCGCGGGGAGUUGGAUGGACAUGAACACUCUGACCAACACUUGCAGUGGCUCGAACAACAGAGACGGGCGUCUGAACUCCGAGCGCGAGAUCAACAACCGCUGUGUGGCCAACCUGCGGAGCCGCAAUGCGUCCUCUGCCGUCGAGUGCCAGUAUAACCGAGAUGGGCCGUACCCCGUCGCCAAGGACGGGAAUGACGAUGAUGAAGGUUUGGAGGAGGAAGAGGCUGGGCGGCGGGGCCGCGGGGACAGCUCGGUCUCGGGUUCCAGCCCCCGAUGCAGCAUUGCCGAGGACGCCGAGUUUGCCCAGAAAGUGCACCGGCUCCACACCGCCAAACAGAAGCUCCGGCAGCUCCAGGAGCUCGUCGCCAUGGUGCAGAGUGAUGACACGGAUGCUACAGCAGCCAAUGAGGAUGAAGGAUUGCAGCAGCCUCCCAACAACGCCAGAGAAACGGCACCAAAAGCCAAGAGAGAGCUCUCCCUCUCUGAUAAGGCCAGGGAGAAGCUAUAUGAGGAGAGGUUGAGACAGCAACAGGAGGAGCUCAAACAGCUUCAUGAGGAGAGACGCAGACUGAUGGAGAUCCAGGACAAAAUACAAGACCUGCAGUGGGCCUGCCCUGACCUACAGUCUUCCGUCUCCAGCAGCGCCAGCGCCCAGGUGCUGAAGCAGCUCCCUGCUGCGGCCUCUACUCCAGCCCCUGCCCCUCUACCAUCGUCUUCCUCGGCCAAGGCCGACAGUGCCCUACUCAAGCCCACCACGGAGCCCACGCCCAUUGCAGUCACCGACAACGAGCUGUGGUCUGAGAUGCGGAGGCACCAGGUGUUGCGUGAGGAGCUGAGGCAACGGCGGAAGCACCUGGAGAGUCUCAUGGCUGAGCAGCAGAGGAGGAGCACGCUCACCGACACCCCCUACAGGGCAGAUAUUCACACUGCAUGCAGCUUUAACCGUGAUGACAGAACCAUGGCGACUUGGGGCGGAUCCACCCAGUGCCCACUGGGGGGUGAUGAUGAUGAUGAUGAUGACUCCCCGUCUGAGCUUGGGGCAGAGGAAGAGGAGGAAGCUGAAGAUGAGGGAGAAGAGACUACCUCUGGUGAUGAGGUCCAUGCCUACCCCACCAGGAAAUACCCUGUGGCCAGCAACAGGAAAAACACAGACGGUGUGAAGACAGCAGGAGAGACGGCUGGACGUGCCCCACCCCACGGGGCAAGACCUCGCCCUCGUCCACAGCACCAUCAGCCGGGUGAGAGGGAGAGGGUGCCACCUGGGGGUGGGGCCAGGCGGCAGGAGAACCUGCGCUGGCCGGCUGACCUCUCAGCCUCAGAGGGCCCUGCACACACCACCUGGCAGGAGCAGGUCACGCAGCUGCAAAAACAGCUGGACUUCAGCACGGCCAUGUGCCAGACGCUGCUGCAGGACCAGCAGACUCUGUCAUGCAUGCUACAGUCCGUGUUGACAGGCCCAUACAACAUGUUGCCGAGUAACCUGGGUGCCCCGCAGGUGCCCCUCAUCAUGUUCCAGCUCAACCAGUGCUACACACAGCUUGCCUGGCAACAGAACAAUGUCCACAGGCUAAAGCAAGUCCUCAAUGAGCUCCUACGACAGCAGCAGUUGGCAGGGCAGCAACAGCAGUCGUCCUCAUCGUCGAGGCAACAGGAGCAUCAGAAAGUGGCGGAAGAUUCCGUGUCUUCCUCGCUGUUCCUGCCCUUCCCUGCCCUCAACACUCUCGGCAUGCCUGGAAUCACAAACUUCUCCCCACUCUCCGCUGGUUUUAACUUUUCUCCUCUCUUCCCUCCGCUGGGUUCAGAGGUGCAGCAGUCCAGUCCGAAUCCGCCUCAGCCUCCCCUGCACGACCCCAACAUGUCCCUGAAAACUGAGUACAUGAGUUUUCCCCCUCCUAUCCAGAGAACGCCGCUCAACAACACCGACCAGCGCUGGUUGAACUCCUCUCUGAACAGGGCCUGCAACCAGCAGGUUGGUGGCGCCGAGUCUGAUCGAGGCAGCGAGUCGCGGCCGGACUCUCCCACCUCGUCUCCGGCCUGCCGACCCCCGUCGUAUGUCCCAGACUCCCAUGACUCCCUGAGCAGCCUGCCGGACCGCAAUGACCCCACCACCAUCACCAAGGUCUUCAGACCCGGACAGAAGGCCUCCGCACAGGCCAGCCUGGCCGCCAGGGACAAGACCCCCAAGAGUCGCCGCAGGAGGGGCAGGGGGCACAAGAACACGGGCCUGGAGAGCGACAGCCUGUCAAGUGCCCCCGAGGUCGCUAUGGAAAGAGGCAGGCAGAGGCCGUCCCAGGCCCGACACAGAGAGACAAACCAGAGUCUCCUGGACAAACUCACCCAGGAGAAACUGGACAGCAAAACCAAGAAUAGUAACCUCAACGACAUCUCUUCAGCUUAUGCAUGGAGAACCCCCUUCCUCUCUAACCGAAUUGCAUGCACAGAAGCGCCAGACGCCAGCAGCGACUUCUCCCUGUUCGAGGCUCUGCGGGAGACCAUCUACUCGGAGGUGGCCACCCUGAUCUCUCAGAACGAGUCUCGUCCGCACUUCCUCAUUGAGCUAUUCCAUGAGCUCCAGUUGCUCAAUACCGACUACCUGCGCCAGAGGGCACUCUACUCGCUGCAGGAUAUCGUCACCAGGCACCUGACAGAGAAGAGUGUUGCCGAGGACCAGGGGUUGUCACUAGGGCCAGCAGUUUGGGCAGCAGGUUCACAGUCUGAACUCACUCCCAGUGAAAGUCUGGCCACUUCAGAUAAUGACGUGUCUGAGAAGGACGUGAGAGUAAAAACGUCUUCGGGCCAGAAGAGAGCUGGAGACGGGGACUCAGUAGACGACGAGUCUCUGAUGUCCACCUCCUCCAACCUGGAGCCGUUCGCCAGCGACGACCUUGGUAACACUGUGAUUCAUUUAGAUAAAGCCCUGGCCCGUAUGCGGGAGUUUGAGCGCAUGAAACUAAAGGCGGAGCACGCUGCUGGCCCCCCUGUCUGUAACGCUGAGCUUUCUACAGCUGCUGCUCCUCCAGCUCUCUCACAAGGCCAGUCAUCCAUGGACGUGCGUUGUCCCCAGAUUGACACACAGCAACUGGACAGGCAGAUCAAAUCCAUCAUGACUGAGGUCAUCCCCUUCCUGAAGGAGCACAUGGGAGAGGUGUGUUCUCCACAGCUGCUGACAGCGGUUAGACGCAUGGUCCUCACGCUGACUCAGCAAAAUGACGACAGCAAAGAGUUCAUGCGCUUCUUCCACAGACAGCUAGGGGGCAUCUUACAGGACUCUCUGAGUAAGUUUGCAGGCCGUACCCUGCAGGAUUGCGGUGAGGACCUACUGGUGGAGAUCUCUGAGAUCCUCUUCAACGAACUGGCCUUUUUCAGACUCAUGCAGGACAUUGACCAGAACACACACCGUGCCAAGAAGCGUAGUGACAUCACAGUGGCUGCACAUGUUCCAGCCACAGAGGCGAAUAAAUCUGAAGAUGCAGAAAAGACCUUCUCACCGUCAUACUUUGAAGAGGAUAAGCACUACAACGAGACUGAACAGGGAGGGCUCUCUGCCCGUGUCGAGGUGGAGAUGGAGCCAACCGACGAGGAGGCACAGAGCAGCCACGCCUCAGAGGAGGAAGAAGAGGCAGAGGAAGCAGGAAGCCGGCCACUCUCCACAAGUCUGUCCAAAGAGGAGAUGCAGCCGUUGAACAAUUACAGCAGUGGACAGGAUGAGGAUGAGGCAGACGAGGAAUUUGAUGCUGGACCCGUGGGGGUGCAGACUUCCGUGCUGGCUUCCGACUGCCCGGCAGAGCAGGCGCAGAGCAGUGUAGCGGACCGGGACCCCGGAACGGACCAGGAGCCCGGAGGGAGCAGUGAGGGCAGAAGCACAAAGUCCGAGUCCAUAGAGGUGGUGGAGUCUCCGGAGGAGGAGCAGGAGGUGGCAGGGGCAGAAAAGGAGAAUGCGGAGAAUUCUACUGUCCCUGAUGCCCUGCUGGGCCCAGAUGCCCCUGCUACACAGGAGAGUCCUCAGGGUUCAGCUACGGCCAGCCCUCACACAGACUCUCCCGUCAUGGUUAAUGCUGAUGAUGUUGGGUCUGGAAACACCAGUCAGAAGUCUGAUGAGGAGGACUUUGUAAAGGUUGAAAACCUCCCUCUUCAGCUGUCAGUCAUGUGUGAGGAAGAGCUGUGUAAGCAGAUCUCUGCUGAACAGAGGAACAAUAAUCUAACUGUGGAGAUCCUGAAUAGAAAUGUGGAUGAUGGACUGUCUGACCUCGUGGGUAGCGCACAUGCUCUCAAAGAGCCCGAAGCCAUUGGAGCCCAGAGUGCAUGAACGGUGUUGGUGACACUAAAGCUGCAGCACCUUUUGUGUUAUGUUGAAACAAUGUUAUUUAAUUCUUCCAGAGUUCACAUUAGUCCUUGCUGAUGCAGGAUGUUUCCAUGACGUUUUCUCGGCUUGUUCUAACCAUUCACACGACAUAUAUGCCUGAGUUGGGUUUUAUGUUGAUGUUUUAGAGUGGAUACAGGAUGCCAUGUUUGAAAGAGGAAUGGUUUUAUCUCUUCUGGAGCCUCCGAACUCUUUGGCUCCACCCCCUCCCCAAGCCAUGCCCUACAUUGGAAACUACUUCAGACCGCCGCAUCUGGUCUUAAACAUGGUUUUGGUUUGCUGUAAUUCUCUCUGGCCACUUCAUUAAUUUAGACCUAUAAAAACAGACUAGACUCAAGGGUUAUGGCCAGACCCCUCUCAUCCCAAGUAAUUCAGAACAUUGAUUCAACUAACAGUUAAUUUGAAAUAAGUGAUCUGAAAUGUCUGCUGCUCAGCCCUCACACUGGCUGAAGACUAGCUUCUGUGUCCUGUCUAGUCUUUCAGCCGUAAUGCGCUGUUUUAAAGGCACGUCUUUACUCUUUUGUUUUUACUUUUCUUAUAAUUUAAUAUCAGCUUUUCAGUGAUUUGGGUUCUCUCCCCUGGUUCGGUUUUCAUGUAAUGAAUUCAAUGUUUCUGCUGAGGGUUUAAGAAUAACAAAUAAAACACUGAUUUUUACUUUUUCCCUCCAAAGCUA